AUAAUUAUCAAGCGUGUUGUUCACAGGCUUCAGUCCACCUCAAAACCUCCUAUAAAUCUUCCCAGAAAGCAAAGUCCACUCCAAACACUCUGCCAACUUUUGUUCUAAGAUCCAAAGGUUCACUAAGAUUCAUAAAGUUGUUAGCUUUUUAUAGUUCUUAGUUGCAGAGCUUGGGUAUGAUCAUGGGGAGUUUGGUGGACUUCACUAGCAUGGGAAUGAAGUUCAAUGGGUGUGUGAACAGAGUGAAGAAUGGAGCUGUUGGUAGUGUGGAGAGUGAACUUUGGGGUGAAUGUUUGGGAAUGAAGUUCAAAGGUGGGAGCUUUCAGAGCAAAUUGGGAGGGAGUGAUAGAUGUGGGAGUUGGGAUGGAAAGGGUAGGAAGGGAGUGACAUUCAAUGUUCUUACUUCAGAUGUUAAUCAGGAGACUAUGAUCUUUCAGGCUCCUAUGUUUGGGACUAAGAUAGCAGAUCCUAAGAGUGUUGCUUCUAUUAUUCUUGGUGGUGGUGCUGGAACUCAGCUUUUUCCUCUUACUAGUACCAGAGCUACUCCAGCUGUUCCAAUUGGUGGUUGCUAUCAACUCAUCGAUGUUCCGAUGAGCAACUGUAUCAACAGUGGCAUCAACAAGAUAUUCAUCAUGACACAAUUUAAUUCUCAAUCCCUUAAUCGUCACAUUUGCCAUACAUAUCAUGGAGGUAGCAUCAGCUUUGGGGAUGGAUUUGUUGAGGUAUUAGCAGCAACUCAAACACCUGGUGAAGCAGGAAUGAACUGGUUUCAAGGGACAGCGGAUGCUGUGAGGCAAUUCAUCUGGGUCUUCGAGGACACCAAGAAUAAGAACAUAGAGCACAUACUGGUUUUAUCUGGCGAUCACUUGUACCGUAUGGACUACAUGGACUUUGUGCAAAAACACAUUGACUCCGGAGCUGAAAUUACAGUUUCAUGUGUGCCAAUGGAUGACAGUCGGGCAUCUGACUGUGGAUUGAUGAAGAUUGAUAAGACCGGCCGGGUUAUUCAAUUUUGCGAAAAGCCGAAAGGUGCUGAUUUGGAAGCUAUGAAAGUGGACACAAGGAUUCUUAGACUGUCUCACCAAGAAGCGUUAAAGUACCCUUAUAUUGCAUCAAUGGGAGUGUAUGUGUUUAGACGAGAUUUUCUUCUAAAGCUUCUUAGGUGGAACUACCCAACAUUGAAUGAUUUCGGGUCUGAGAUCAUUCCUGCGGCUGUCAAGGAGCACAAUGUUCAUGCAUAUGUAUUCAAUGAUUACUGGGAAGACAUUGGAACAAUUAGACCAUUCUUUGAUGCAAAUUUAGCUCUCACAAGUCAGUCUCCCAAGUUUCAGUUUUAUGAUCCAAAGACUCCCUUCUUCACUUCCCCUCGAUUUUUACCCCCAACCAAAAUGGAUAAAUGCAAGAUUACAGAUGCUAUAAUUUCACACGGGUGCUUCUUACGAGAGUGUGCCGUUCACCAUUCAAUCGUAGGAAUUCGCUCACGUUUGGAAACUGGUGUAGAACUCAAGGAUACCAUGAUGAUGGGUGCCGAUUACUAUGAGACUGAGCUUGAGAUUGCAUCUAUGCUUUUAGAGGGUAAGGUUCCUAUCGGCGUGGGGGAAAAUACUCGAAUCAGGAAUUGCAUUAUCGACAUGAACGCGAGGAUUGGAAAAAAUGUGGUGAUUGAAAACAAAGAUGGUGUCCAAGAGGCCGACAGACCAAACGAAGGCUUCUACAUUCGAUCGGGGAUCGUGAUAAUAGUAAAGAAUGCAAUCAUCAAGGAUGGCACCGUCAUGUGAUGUUUAUCAGAAGCUGCAAAUCAUCGACAUAAUGAAGGAAAUCCCACAUUGAAGGUCAGAAAUCUUAAUGCUGUACAAUAAUGGCCACCUUCAUUGAACCUGCGUAGCGAUCGGGGAUUGAUAUAUGAAUAAUGUUGAGACAGCAUGUCCUCUUAUGUAAAAAUUAGUUGGUUUCCAUUUCCUGUUUGGCGAGUGAUCAAUAAAUGUACUAGCAGCAUGUUUCUUGGUCCUGUGAAAAGAAUUAUCUGGUACAAUAAUUUCAAAGCUGCUACCAAUGUUAAAUAUCAUCAAUUUCCAGUCUGUCAUUAUAUUA